CACGGAGUCCGGACCUGCUCCUUUUUCCACACUCGCAAUUUCACACUUCCGCCCCAACGACGUCUACACUCACCCCCCCGCCGUCACACCACCCGCCACCCUCUCACAAUGUCAACAACCCAACACCCCCCGCCAAUCCACCUUCCUCCAGGCUCAUUCACCCUCCACCUCGUAGUAGACUCCCGUGAAGUCAAAUUCAAGAACCAACGGCAGCAUAUUCAGGAGCAGCUAACCAUGCAUGGCGUGAACGUACUGACGAGGAGUCUGAAUGUGGGCGAUUUCAUCUGGGUGGCCCGAGGGGGGAGGAAUCUGAGGAGGGAGGAUGACGUUGAUGGGGACACACCAGAGAUAGUGCUACCGUACGUCAUCGAGCGCAAAACAACGGACGACCUCGUCGCAAGCAUCAAAGACUCACGGUUCAAAGACCAAAAGCUGCGGUUAAAGACCUGCGGGUUACCAUCCCCGAUUUAUCUGAUUGAGCGGUCACCGAGUAUGGUUCGGGCGCUGGAGUUUGGGAUGACGGCAAUCCGUACGGCCAUGACACAGGUGCAGGUCAUCAAUGGGUUCUUUCUGAAACAGACCGGGGGGUUGGAUGAGACUGUGCAAUACUUUGUGAGGUUGACGAGGAGGUUGGAGAAGGCCCUUUUGGACAAAGACCUCUACGCCGUCCCCCCAUCUAUAACAACAAAAGACGCCCUCCAAUCCUAUUUCACAACCCACCCUCACACUCCCCGCCUCCACCUGACCUUCGCCACCUACCAAUCCCUCAACACAAAAUCCACCUCCUACCGCCUCCAAUCCAUCUGGAUCCGCCAACUCAUGACCAUCAAGGGCGUCUCGGGUGAAAAAGCCGCCGCGCUUGCAAAGACGUAUCCGACCAUGCGCAGUCUGGUCAAGGCGUUGAAGGGAAAGACGGAGAGGGAUAGGGAGGAGUUGGUGAGGGCAGCGGUUCCUGUCAGUGGGAGGAAGAGUAUUGGGCAGGCGUUGGCGAGGAAGAUUUUGGCGGUUAUUGCGGCGGAUGUUUAUACUUAGUGCUUACUUUUAUGUACUCCACGUAGUCCGAGACAUUUUUUUGGGAAGGCGUAAUGCUUAAAUGUAUAUAUCCCGGUUGUGUGUACUCUAUCGAAUUGCGUAGCAUAAAUACAGAUAGCUCGGCGGAGGAGCUCACGCAUGCG